AACGUUGGUUUACACCAAUGGUUUACACUAGCUACUUCAGUGGUUUACACAAAAAAUUAUUCUUUUGAGAACACAGUAAAUGCAAAAAAAGCAUUUUUCUGUGAGGAAAGUAAACAAAGACAUGGAAAGAACUAAAACAGAAGAAUUAUCGAAAAGGGGUGAAAUAUUUCGCUCAAAAUUGAUCGAGGGCUUUCAACUUUUGGACACGUUGACAUCAAAGGGAAGCAUUGAAACACCGCGAUUUUACUCGAAUGAAAUACAAGAUCCAGAUAUUAUGGAUAAAUUAUUAAAGGAAUCUCCAUUCAGUCUGGUAAAGUUUCAAGUCUAUUCAAAAAGAAAUGAUUUGAAGUUUAAUGAUCGACGUUUGAAUCGCGUGAGAAACAAAAAUAAAAUUCCUUUUGGUCCUUGGGCUCGAACGGUUACGGAAAGUGCCGGAGUACAGAACUUUAUCAUGUUCUUAAUCAUAACAAACAGUCUAGCUUUGGGAAUACAAGCAGAAAUUUCUGACAUGACGGGUUCUGUAAUCAAUUGGAUAAAGGUUCUGCUCGAAAUUUUUGACUAUAUCACACUUGUUGUAUUUGUCAUGGAAAUCUUGGUGAAAUGGCUAGAUGGCUUUUUUAUCUUUUGGAAAAAUGGUUGGAACGUUUUUGACUUCUUCGUGACUGCCAUGGCUGUUGUUCCCGAAGUUAUCAGUUUGGUAGUGGGCGGAAAUUCGUCGUCUUCGAUCUCAGUUAUUGGUGAUAAUAUGCGCGUUUUUAGGAUUUUGAGAUCAUUGAAAAUGGUUUCUAGAUUUGCUCAACUGCGCAUUAUCGUACUAACCAUCUUCAAGGCAUUUAAGUCAAUGGCCUUUAUUCUGAUCUUGCUCUUGCUUUUCAUGUAUGUCUUUGCUGUGGCCGGAACAAUUCUCUUUGAUUCCUAUGCGAAAUCCUCGCGAAACGAUCUCAAAUAUAGGACAAGCUUCAGCACUUUAAAGGACGCGUUCAUUACUUUAUUUCAAUUAUUCACAUUGGAUCAUUGGUAUGAGAUCUUAAAUGACAUGGUGAAGGCGGUUAAUCCAAAUGUCGCAAAGAUCUACGUCUUGCUGUGGAUUUGUGUGGGGGCUUUCGUGUUUCGAAAUAUCUUUGCAGGCAUUAUGGUUAACAACUUUCAAAACAUCCGCAAUGAGUUCAAUCAACAAAUAAUGGAGCAAAUGGCUGAGAGAGAACGUACCGAAUAUAGGAAUAAUUUGGCAGAAGAACUCGAUAAACUUGACAAGAGACAUAAACAUAGCAGACGUGUAAGCGAAUCAGUUGCAGAAACACAGCAGAUGAUGGACAGCAAAGAAAACCGCUCCGGCUCUGUAAUGAACAAGUUUUUUCGCAAGAAGACAAACGGCGCCCCCCUGAAACCACUGAAAGAAGAACCCCAAAGGAAAGAGGAGGAACCGAAGCACUUACAGCCUAAGUUUGCCACACAAUUGCAAGCAAAAAUAGCCAAAUUAAGGUCAAAAGAACGAAAUCAACCGGGAACAGCCAAAUGCUCUUCUUCUUUUCACGCUUAUUUUGCUCGAGACAGAGAAGACACAAGUCAGGAUUUGGAGUCUACUUCAGACAAGAAUGCCCCCGAGUGGAAGUCUCAGGUCGAAAUGAAUGUACCAGAGAUAUUUAAGAGCUACGAAGGAGAGGAGAAUAUGGAUACGAUAGCUGAUAGCAUACCACAAAAAGACACCAAAAACAAAUUGAAUGAACCUAAAGAGGUGAAAAGAAUGGAAUCAGACCAUGAAAAAGCAAACGAUGCCGAAGCAGACUUUUCAGAUUGGCAAAAGAUCGUUGAGGCUAACUUGCACAACUUUCAAAAAUAUCCAGUGGAAACGAUGUGGCCUAGGAACGUAUUAUUCAAGUAUUUUCAAGUGAUGGAGCAACUUCAGGAGAAUCUUGUGGAAAGAAAACAGUUGAACAAAUUGUUAGGUAUAAGUUGA